GUGAGCAGCUUUUACCGCCUCGAGAUACCAGGCGUGCUCUUCCGUUUGGACAAUUAAAACUCUAUGAAAAUGUGAUAUAAGCCGCCGUGCUCCAUUAUGAGUUCCACUCCUCUGCAUGAGCCAGAGGCCCAGGUCCUUCAGCAGCCCCAUAAUGGUGAACCCCAGCCUGAGCAGGGCCAGGGCCAGGGCCAGGACCAGGGCCAGGGUGGCGGUCAAGGUCAGGGCCAGGGCCAGGGUGGGGAGGUGGUUCCCUCAGGCAGUGUAACCUCCCGACCCCAUCAGCCCCACUCAGACCCCCAGGCCUCCAGACGCGUCUGCUUCUAUAAGAGUGGAGACCCCCAGUUUGGUGGCCACCGGAUGGUCAUCAAUGCCAGGACCUUCAAGACCUUCGAUGCCCUCCUGGAUGCCCUGUCUAAGAAGGUCCCCCUGCCAUUCGGGGUCCGCACCAUCACCACCCCCCGUGGAUCCCACCCUGUCCGGGGUCUGGAAGAGCUGCAGGAUGGGGGCUCCUAUGUCUGCUCGGACCAGCGGAAGGUGAAGCCCCUCAACCUGGACAUGGCUAACCGCCGCCAGCCACCCUGGAACACCACCACCCGGCCCGUCAGCGGGGGUCGGAGGGCGCAGCGAGGGAAUCGUGGAGUCCCCGGGGUCAUCAACCGGCCGGCAGACACGAGGGUCAGGACCCCUAAAAGGCUGAUAGUAUUUAAGAAUAGAGACCCCAGUGUGAGGAGGACUGUAGUUCUGCAGAGAAGAACGGCUCCAACCUACGACGCUCUACUGGAUUACCUAUCAGUCAUCAUGCAGUUCCCUGUACUGAAGCUGUACUCACCAGACGGCAGCAGGGUUGAAGGUCUGCCAGCAUUGAUCCUAUGUUCUGGGGUGGUGGUAGCUUCGGGGAAUGAACCUUUUAGACCAGGGAACUAUGACUUCCUGAGACCGACCCAGCCUGCUGCUGCUCGGUCCUCUAACUCAGACUCUAUAGAACCAGCCAGGUUACAGCCUCUAACAGACAAUAAAACAUCGUUAUCCAGUGGGCGGCGGUCCAGGAACUUCAGCCUGUCAUCGGAGAGAUACUUUGUGAACCAGAUCAACAAGUCUGUGAACGGUAGCUCCUACGACCAGCCGGUCCGUCUCCCAGAGAACAUGGAGACAGAGCUAAACCAGAGAAAGACCCGGGGCUCUGUAGAUAUGGAGACAGAGACGUAUCAGCUUGUAGAAGACAACGGGAAGACCUCCAUCGCACCGCAGGAUGAUGACAUUGAGAAGUCCUUCAGGGUCAACCAGGAUGGCAGCAUGACCGUCGAGAUGAAGGUCCGUCUGACCAUUAAGGAGGAGGAGAUGAUCCACUGGACGACCACGUUGAGCCGCUCCAGCAUGGUGACCAAUCAUAAACCAGGAGCCAAGUCGGGCUCCACCCCACAGUCCCCCGACAACAACGUGGAGGCGAAGGACCCUAACAUUGGUCUCAGCGAGGAUGAGACCAAGGAGAGUAACCACCCCAGCCGCAAUGCAGAGAGGGAGGUGGCCUUCAGCGGGACGGACGGGGGAGGUACUGACAGUGGCGGUGGGGGCGGGGCUGGUUCUCUGAAGGCCCACCCCCGUCAGAAGCGGAUGCCAACCCCUGGGCUGAGACAGGUGAAAAAGAAGCAGGCGUCCGUGGAGAGCGUGACCACGGUAACAGAGACAGGUGUCCAGGAGACCAGCCUGGGGACUUUUUCUUACACGGAGCGCAUGGCAGACGGGGAAACCACAGAGGGGUACUGUGUGGUCCGGCAGAGCAGCAGCAGCUCCAGGUUACCCGCCAUACCACCUGUCCCCAAGCCCAGGAAGAGUGGCUCGGCUGGGGCCAGCAGGGCCAUCAGGACCAGCUCCCACUCCUCACUCCGGUCAUCUGGAGUAGCAGAGGUGAUGCAGAUUCAGAAUAAUGGUAAUGGCAGGGAGAUCACUGAGACCGUCAUGCACAUCUACGAGAGGAGACAGAGCAGCUACGAUAACUACUAUGCCAACGCCCUGGGGGCUGGGUAUGGGACAGGUGGGGAGGGAGGUGGGGGUUAUGCAAGUGGGGGAGGUUUUGGUGGAGGUUGCGGUGGUGGCUCCAACCCCAUGCCGUGGAGUAAACCGGCCUCUUCAGAUUCGGGGCCGCGCUCCUCCGUGGACUUAACCCGACCAUCCAGUACCAGCGACUCACUGAACCAAGAGAGGGAUGAGAUACUCUCUCUGUCUUCUGAACCCACCUCACCUUCUCAGAACGUCACCCUUCCAUUUCAAAAACAACCAGAGACCAUUAGCAACAAACUGUCGUCUUUCCCAGACAACGAAGCUCACGCCGCGUCAGAGUCUCACACAGGGUCAUCUCCUAAAGAGACAGAAUGGCCAGAACCAAAGGAAUUGGAAUGUUCCGAGUCAAAGGAAUUGGAAUGUUCCGAGACAAAGGAAUUAGAAUGUUCAGAGACAAAGGAAUUAGAAUGUUCAGAUACAAAGGAAUUAGAAUGUUCAGAUACAAAGGAAUUAGAAUGUUCAGAUACAAAGGAAUUAGAAUGUUCAGAUACAAAGGAAUUAGAAUGUUCAGAUACAAAGGAAUUAGAAUGUUCAGAGACAAAGGAAUUAGAAUGUUCAGAGACAAAGGAAUUAGAAUGUUCAGAGACAAAGGAAUUAGAAUGUUCAGAUACAAAGGAAUUAGAAUGUCCAGAUACAAAGGAAUUAGAAUGUUCAGAGACAAAGGAAUUAGAAUGUUCAGAGACAAAGGAAUUAGAAUGUUCAGAGACAAAGGAAUUGAAAUGUUCAGAUACAAAGGAAUUAGGAUGUUCAGAGACAAAGGAAUUGGAAUUUUCAGAUACAAAGGAAUUAGGAUGUUCAGAGAGAAAGGAACUGGAAUGUUCCAAGACAGUAGCGAAAGAAGAGCAGGAGGUUGAGGAGGAUGCUCUUGAAGAGAACAACAAGAAGAGGACAGUGAAGCGGAAAGGGAAGCAGAUGAGUCCAACGUCCACUACGAGCUCAAAGAGCAGACAGAAGGACAGCGUGCCAGGGUCUGUUCGGAGCACCAAAAAUACCUUUUCUCCUGCCAGCACAGAGAAGAAGAGCGGCAGUGCAACAGGAAGUGAAAAAGUUCGAAGCGCCACAGAGAGUGACAGCCAAGUCAGCCAGAGGAGUAGAGAGAAGGUAGAGAAGAAUAUAAAUUAUAUUCCUUUGAAGAAUGGGCCCUUGGCGUUAAACAUAGACUUGAAAGAUUCUGAAAAACGAGGGUUAGCUUCUGAAAAACAGCUGAAUAUGGGUGAGAAGGUUGGAAGAGGGCAAAGAUCCCAGAAGGUCAACAACAACAGAAUGUCUUCCAGGCAGAAGACACAGCCGAGGAAGAAGGUGUUUUAUGUUUCCCCAGCCAGACAGACUGACAUCGGACAAACAGACAUGCAUACAGACACCGGACAGACAGACAGACAAACAGACAAUAGACAGAUAGUCAGACAGACGGGUCGAAAGAUGGCCAGCCAGCCAACCAGAAAGACCUUGGCUAAGCAGAGGUCCAUGUCUAACGAGGACAGAACCAAAUCCCCUAAACAGACUCUACUGAGUGAGAGCUUCUCCAUGCCUGUCGUGAACCCCCCUCUAGCCCCCUCUGGGGUACACCAGUACGUAGAGAACUGGCUGCAGAACAUCGCCCCGGAGUCCAUCCCCUAUGUCCCCUACAUGGAGGAGGGAGGCCAGGACACAGAAGAGACUGAACCCAGGACCAAGGUAAACAUGGAGGAUGAAGGCCAGGACACUGGGGAGGCUGAACCCAGGACAAAGGUGAUCUUCCAGAUAGGAGCCGACUCAGAGGUCGAGUCAGAAGUGAAGAUUGGUUACCCAGAGGAUCAACAUCUGGCCCAGGGGGGAGAUCACCUCUCAGUGGGAGGCAUGUCCAUGUCCUGCCUGUCUGUCCCUGUCAGCCACGCCGAGGCUCAGGAAGACCUCUCUAACCCCCAGAGGACCAGGAAACUGUGCGCCUCUAUGCCCAGUGUCAGGAUCGACCCGGUGGAACAGCAGAGCAGGCUCGGUCUCCUCCACCGCUCAGCGUCCUUUGUCCCCCGUCCUGUAGAGCACAGUGAGUCUUCCUCCUCCACCCACCACCUCCUUAUCCCCAAGGCCACUCUUUCACCGAUCUUCCGUCAGCUCUGCUCCUCCAUACAGUGCAUCAGACAGGCCUCCCAGCCUCCUGCCAGCCUGGAGAAAUCCCACAGCAUGCCUGACUUCUCCUCUCAGGUGGCAUCGGUGUUCGGCACAUCCUCCAAGACGCUGAUGUCCUUCCUGUCGGUGACCACCCUGAAGGACACCCUGUCGUCAGCCCUGGGAAAAGGAGGAGGAGAGUUUUGUGGAGGGAACUCUAACAGCGGCUCGGAGGCCCUCCUGGUGAUGCAGUCGCUCCAGAAGAUCUCCACCAUGGAGGACGAGGAACAGCAGAGAGCCAGCCUGGCCAGCCUGCAGAGCCGGACCUCUGAUCAGCUGAAGGACAGCUGGAGAGACUUCCAGGAAAGGAGCAAUGAAAUGGGAGACAGGGAAAGUCCUCCUCUGUCUCCCAGCACCAACCAGGAGUUCGCCCUGGAUGUGGUGUCUGAGGCGGGAGACGAGAACGGAGGACGGUUGGAUAUCGAGGAGCUCAUGGAGGAACUUAACAUGCCCCAGGAACUCAGAGAUGAGGUGUCGUCGUUGGUGGAGGGAGAGAGAACAGUGCAAUACGCCAUGAGGUCUCCAAUGUUAGGGGGCAGCGUCAGUGAUAUGUCUUAUGCUGUUGACACCGAGGAGAAGGAGGAGAAAGAGGAGGAGAGAGAAGAGGUGGGGGAAGAGGAGAAGGAAGAGAGUGAGGACAAGAGAUCUGAAUCAGACUUUGAAGAGGGCAGGAGUGUUGAUAGUCAUCCAUCCUCAGAUAACAAAGUCUGUUCCAGUGGCAGGAAGUUAGAUGAAGUCUGUUAUAUAGUAGAACAGGGUUUAGAAGAGGAGGGAGAGGAGAAGAAGGAGGACCAGGGCAGUUGUGAAGAGCAGAAUUAUGAUGAGGGGGAGCAGGUGGAGGAAGAGGAGGCAGCAGAGGUUGGGUCUGAAGUAUCAAUGUCAAGGAAGUCAAUUAAGUCUUUAAAGUCAGACAAUUCAGUGAAGUCGGAGGAAUCAGUAAUGUCUGAGAAAUCUGUAACAUCAGAGAAAUCAGAAGUAGAGUCUAAAGCAUCAGAGCAGGGAGGAAGGGAGUCAAUCAAAUCAAUGUCAAUCAAAUCAGUGAAAUCAGAGAAGUCAACAAAGUCAGUAAUAACAGAUAAGUCAGAGAAAUCAAUGAAAUCCGUAAAUUCAGAAAACUCAAUGACUUCAAGGCAGUCCGUAAAGUCAGAUAAGUCUGUAAAGUCAGAUCAAUCUGAGGCGGAGUGUAAAGUCUCAGAACACGAGGAGGCUGACGUAGUGUCCAACAACUCCUCCUCUAGAGCCGCGUACCUCUGUGGUGUCAAAGAUCAGGGUCUAGACACCUCCAACGAACUACAGACUGAUGAAGGAGAGGAAGAGGAGGAUGAGGAAGAAGAGGUCAGAGGUAAAGACUGCUCCCAUCCUGUUGAGAUAUCUCAGGAGCUUUUGGACUUUGUCAACACUGCUCUGAAGUCCUCCUCCCUGAUGUUCACCUACGACCCUAAGGGUAACCUGCGGAUCGAGCCGGAGGGGGCAAUCAGGGUCGUCCAUACCAAACAGAUGGUUAUAUUUAACGGGUGCGUCGACAGCCAGUACGGCCUGAAGAGACUGCCCAGCCCCAACACCUCUGAUCUGUCUGACUACAGACCUGAGACAUCCAGCAGCGGAGGGUACAAGACCCAGGGGUCAGUGGACAUGUCGACGGAGAGCGGAGACGAAGACAAGGAAGAGGCAGGGAGACAAUCGCCUGGCUUUCGACGUAUCGGACAGACCAGUGACAAGCAGAGUAAAGCCAGUACCACGUCUCUGGAACUCUGGGCCUCUAAACCCUCGUCAGAUCAGUUAAGGAGCCCUGAGAGUCUUGAAGGGAAGAGGCCCACAGGGAGCUUUGAGUCUUGUGACUCUGGGGCUAAAGUCUGUGGGGAGAGACUGUCGUACGUCAGCGGGUCCAGCUCGGUGAAGACAGAACCAGGACCAGAGCUGGUCAGGAUGAUCGAUCAGGGGAGUUGGCUGUUUAAGGAGGGGGACUCUCCUGAAGGGGUGGGAGGAGCGUGGCAGAGCGCAGCAGACUCUAAGAGCCUCCCUGACUCUAAUGAGGGGGUUCUGAUCGACCAGGGGCGUUGGCUUCUUAAGGAGAAUCACCUAAUCAGGAAGUCUCCCCCGGUUCCCAUGGGGAUGUACGGUAACCUUGACAACACGUCCGUGGAUACAACCCUCAGUGAGGAGGCUCCAGCCUAUGACCAUCACUCCUCUCACCGCUCCUCCUCCUCCCUCCACCAUCAUCACCACCACCUCAACCCCCUGUCUGUCCUCUCCUCCUCCGAGCUAGAAGAGCUGGCCCGACCAGCGACCCCUAAGUGCACCUAUUACAACAUGUCCCACGGCAGCGACUCAGACCCCUUCCUUGACGAUCUCAGCCUCAACGGGAACGGGGCCAGGGAGACGUCAGAGGGCAGGUCUAAGAGAGAGACAGCUGUGGACACAUCCCGGACCUGGGCGAGGAAAAACGGCAGCAUGUCGUCAUUUGCCUCGGUGGAGUUCAGGAUGCGGGACGGCAGGGUGCAUCCUGAGGCGGGGAUGAGUGGGUCAGAGGCUGCUGUAGAGCAGAGCUCCAGGACUGCAGUGGGCAUGUCUGGACGGAGCAGGGCUCUGCAGGUACAGAGCAGUCUAGAGUCUCUACGCUGUGGACCGUAUUGUCCUAUACUAUAAUAACUGCUUUUUACCUGUUUUGACAGACCUGUCCCAUACCAUAUACAACACAGACCUGUCCCAUACCAUAUACAAUACAGACCUGUCCCAUACCAUAUACAACACAGACCUGUCCCAUACCAUAUACAACACAGACCUGUCCCAUACCAUAUACAAUACAGACCUGUCCUAUAAUGACUACAACACAAACCUGUCCCAUACCAUAUACAAUACAGACCUGUCCCAUUCCAUAUACAACAAAGACAUGUCCCAUACCAUAUACAAUACAGACCUGUCCCAUACCAUAUACAAUACAGACCUGUCCCAUUCCAUAUACAACACAGACCUGUCCCAUUCCAUAUACAAUACAGACCUGUCCCAUACCAUAUACAAUACAGACCUGUCCCAUACCAUAUACAAUACAGACCUGUCCCAUACCAUAUACAAUACAGACCUGUCCUAUAAUGACUACAACACAGACCUGUCCCAUACCAUAUACAACAAUACUAUUGGUACUGUCUGUCCCUGUCCUAUACUAUAAUACUAUUGGUACUGUCUGUCCCUGUCCUAUACUACAAUACUAUUGGUACUGUCUGUCCCUGUCCUAUACUACAAUACUAUUGGUACUGCCUGUCCCUGUCCUAUACUACAAUACUAUUGGUACUGUCUGUCCCUGUCCUAUACUACAAUAAUAUUGGUACUGUCUGUCCCUGUCCUAUACUACAAUACUAUUGGUACUGUCUGUAUGUCUGACCCUGUCCUAUACUAUAAUACUAUUGGUACUGUCUGUCCCUGUCCUAUACUACAAUAAUAUUGGUACUGUCUGUCCCUGUCCUAUACUAUAAUAAUAUUGGUACUGUCUGUCCCUGUCCUAUACUACAAUAAUAUUGGUACUGUCUGUCCCUGUCCUAUACUACAAUAAUAUUGGUACUGCCUGUCCCUGUCCUAUACUACAAUAAUAUUGGUACUGUCUGCCCUGUCCUAUACUAUAAUACUAUUGGUACUGUCUGUCCCUGUCCUAUACUACAAUAAUAUUGGUACUGUCUGUCCCUGUCCUAUACUACAAUACUAUUGGUACUGUCUGUCCCUGUCCUAUACUACAAUACUAUUGGUACUGUCUGUCCCUGUCCUAUACUACAAUACUAUUGGUACUGUCUGUCCCUGUCCUAUACUACAAUACUAUUGGUACUGUCUGUCCCUGUCCUAUACUACAAUAAUAUUGGUACUGUCUGUCCCUGUCCUAUACUACAAUAAUAUUGGUACUGUCUGUCCCUGUCCUAUACUACAAUAAUAUUGGUACUGUCUGUCCCUGUCCUAUACUACAAUAAUAUUGGUACUGUCUGUCCCUGUCCUAUACUACAAUAAUAUUGGUACUGUCUGUCCCUGUCCUAUACUACAAUACUAUUGGUACUGCCUGUCCCUGUCCUAUACUAUAAUACUAUUGGUACUGUCUGUCCCUGUCCUAUACUACAAUACUAUUGGUACUGUCUGUCCCUGUCCUAUACUACAAUACUAUUGGUACUGUCUGUCCCUGUCCUAUACUACAAUACUAUUGGUACUGUCUGUCCCUGUCCUAUACUAUAAUACUAUUGGUACUGCCUGUAUUGUCUGUCCCUGUCCUAUACUAUAAUACUAUUGGUAGUCCCAGAUUACUGUUAAACUUCUCCUGGAUUAAACAGUUUACAGCUCAAUGGAAAAUCUACCAUUUUAUUCCAGGAAUAGACUUCAUCUGAGUCUGGGAAACGGACCCUCAACAUUCAACAACAGUUUUUAUCUUAUAUUUUUAAAUAUCAGAUCUUUAUUUUACAUAUGUUUGGUUAUAGUUUAGAUAGAAGUUUCUGUUUUGUUUGUUGUGAUGCUGUAAAUCUUCUCCUAUGUUUGAUGUUGUGUUGAAGAGAGAGAGUUGUUUCCCUCUACGCUCUAACCACUAGGCUACGCUGAGAGAG